AUGCUGUUAUGCGAUCAGUGCAACCGCGGACACCACACCUACUGCCUCCAGCCGGCGCUCGAGUCGAUACCGGCCGGCGAGUGGUUGUGUCCCGAGUGUUGUCCCAAAUUCAAACCGCAGACCCCCAAGAAGGGUAAGCACGUGGUGGUUGUCAGUGACGAUAGCGAUGGCGAAGAUACUCGAGACUCGGAUGACGAUAAUGACGAGCAAUCGGUGCUGACGUCCAGUACGGAGUCGAAAGGGUGCGAGACUUGUGUGGAGUGCGGCCGACAGGACUCGGAGGUACAGCUGUCGUGCGCUAAGUGUCGAGACUAUUACCACACGGAGUGCGCGCCGCACGUGAAGAGGAUCACCAGAAGUGAGUGGUUUUGUGGCAACUGUUCCGUCGGCGGCGGCCAGUCGUCCGAUCGAAAGCGAAAGGGAGUGGCACUCGAUUUGGACGAUAGCGACGGCUCUACCGGUGACGAGUCGGACCCAAAGCCCGCCAAAAGGGGUCGUCCGCCCGGCAAGAGUACCAAACAGAGCACGAAGGCCUACGCCACGGACGAGGAGUAUGUGUUGCCGUCGGAAAGGAGUCGCCGUUCCAGAGAUAGUAAUAGGAGAAGCGGUCAGAAGUCUGACGUGGAAAUGGAUGAAGUAAUACCUCAGGAGACCACUAGUUCUCGGCGUAAGACUAAGAGUCCGGUCAGCGGCGGCACCGGGCGUUCGGACCUGCAGUUGGAUUAUAGACUGUGCCAAACGGUCCUCAAGAAGCUCCAGAAGCAUUCGGACGGUUGGCUUUUCAGGAGUCGACCGCACGCUGCGCCGAAGUAUAGCAAAGUAGUGAAACAAUACGUGGAUUUGGGACGACUCGUAACGAAUCUAAAUGAGGGAAAGUAUGCCACGAAUAUAGAGUUCUUCCGCGACGUCUUACUGAUAAUAAAUAACGCCAUUUUCUCCAAUAACUGCGAUUCCCACGAGUAUAAGGCCUGCCAGUCGUUGUCCGUAUAUUUCGAGGAACUGGUCGGCGAGUGUGACAUCAAUAUGAGACAACUGUCCGUCAGAGCCAAGCGCUGCUGAUCGUAGUUUUACCGGUAAUACGGGUGUUGUUAACCACCAGUUUUUGUUAAGCCAAUAGUACGGCUAAUAAAUCGAUACUAAACUCCAUUUUAAUGCAUGUUUUUAAAUGAAAAGGUGUUUUCGGUGUUAAGACUUUUGAAUCUUAAGAAAUCGUUUAUUUUUUAGUAAAAAUACGAAUCCAUUUAAUAACUCAUUAUUAUAUUUCUCUCUCACUCUAUAUCCCUUUCCCCUCUAUAUCGACUCGCGGAAUGGCAUGUAUUUAUAGUUAACGUUAUAUUACAUUACAAAACACUUUAUUAGCCUUUAAUUAAUGUUAUAAUACUUAUACAUAUGAAAAGAGCUGUUAAAUAGUUAUUUGAAAUCUAUUUUUUUGGUCUCAUUAUUAUUAUUAUAUGAAUGCAUUUUUCAAUCAUUUACUGUAAAAUUAAAAACCCAUUUGUCGCUGAAAUGAUACGCAAACACAACAACAAAAUGUCACAAA